CAGGGAGGAAACAUUCAAACAACUUAAAACUUUGUACGCGACAAUAUUCGCUCUUCUGCUACUCUCUGUUCUUACAUAAUAAAUCAAUCUUUGCGAUACGAUUAUCGAGGAACAUAAAGAUCUUUAUGUAUCAUUUUACAGCGCAGCGCAUUAGUAAUCAUGAAAGAUAGCGAUACACGACAAAUCACAUAUCGUGUGUCGCUCUGCUCGCGUCACGUUCGAGGCCCAGUUCAAAAUUAACUCAGUCUUGAUAGUCGUUCGUAUCUGGCAGAGACGCACUCUUGUCAGUUGUCCUUGCGUGUCUUUGAUCUUUGCAAGCAUAUUCAUUAUUUGAGUGCAUAGCGAAAACUAGCUGUGUAAACUUUUUUUAAAUUGUCAUCUAUAGAUUACUUUUUGCAAAAAAAUACAUCAUGACUUCGCUGUCAAUCACGAGCAUUGAUACGGUUAUUUUUGAUGGACAAAAGCCCGGCACGUCAGGCUUAAGAAAAGCUGUUAAAGUAUUCCAACAACAACACUAUACGGAAAAUUUUGUGCAAGCCAUACUCGAUGCUCAAGGAGAAAAAUUGCUGGGAUCGACCCUCGUGAUCGGUGGCGAUGGUCGUUAUUACGGUAGAGAAGCUGUACAAAAAAUCAUUAAAAUCGCUGCUGCAAAUGGGGUAUCUAAAUUGCUUGUUGGCCAAAAUGGAAUACUUUCUACUCCUGCAGUAUCAACUAUAAUCCGCAAAAAUAAAACACUUGGAGGUAUUGUUUUGACUGCAUCGCAUAAUCCAGGUGGACCAAACGGUGAUUUUGGAAUAAAGUUCAAUUGUGAAAAUGGAGGACCAGCUCCAGAUGCUGUUACUAACAAAAUUUAUGAACUAACAAAAACUAUAAAAAAAUACAAAAUCGUGAAUGAUCUUCAUGUUGAUAUUGAUAAAAUUCAAAGUUUUUCUGUACAAGUUGAUGGAAAACCAUUUACUGUAGAUAUAAUAGAUUCUGUCAAUGACUAUACUGCACUGAUGAAAGAAAUAUUUGAUUUUGACAGUAUAAAAAAAUUACUCCAAGGUAGUGAUGGGAAUUCCUCAUUUAAUGUUUUAAUUGAUGCUAUGAAUGGAGUCACUGGUCCCUAUGUAAAACGAAUCUUUGGCAAAGAAUUAGGAGUCAGUGAAUCUAACAUGGUGAAUUGCGUACCAAAAGAAGAUUUUGGUGGCUUACAUCCUGAUCCAAAUCUAACGUAUGCUGCAAAUCUAGUUAAUGCUGUUAAAAGUGGUCCAUACGAUUUUGGUGCUGCUUUUGAUGGAGAUGGGGAUCGUAACAUGAUUAUAGGGAAAAAAGCAUUUUUUGUUAAUCCAUCAGACUCUCUAGCUAUUUUGGCUAAUAAUUUGAAUGUGAUUCCAUACUUUAGAAAAACUGGAAUCAAGGGCUAUGCAAGAUCUAUGCCUACAGGAGCAGCAGUUGAUAGAGUAGCUACAAAAACAAAUAUUCAAUGUUAUGAAGUACCUACUGGCUGGAAAUAUUUUGGUAAUUUAAUGGAUGCUGGUAAAUUAUCACUUUGUGGUGAAGAAAGUUUUGGUACUGGUUCUGAUCAUAUCAGAGAAAAAGAUGGAAUUUGGGCUGCACUAGCUUGGUUAAAUGUUAUUGCUAGUGUUAAAAAACCUGUUGAACAGAUUUUACUUGAUCAUUGGGGUAUUUAUGGCAGAAACUUUUUUACAAGAUACGAUUAUGAGAACUGUGAUUCUGAUAAAUCAAAUAAAAUGAUGGAUUAUGUAGAAAAUUUGAUUAAUAAAAACGAUUUCGUUGGCACCAAGUUGAAGUCUGGAAAUAAGACUUACAUUGUCAAAGAAGCAGACAACUACUCAUACAAAGAUCCUAUAGAUGGAAGUGUGGCUUCGAAACAAGGUUUAAGAAUAUUAUUCGAAGAUGGAUCUAGAAUAAUAUUCCGUCUAUCUGGUACUGGAAGUUCAGGCGCAACUAUAAGAUUAUAUAUUGAAAGUUAUGAAUCAGAUCCAUCUACGUUUGUACAGGACCCACAAGUGAUAUUAAAACCACUGGUUGAUAUCUCUCUCAAUUUGAGCAAAUUAGGUGAAUAUACAGGUCGUGAUAAACCAACUGUAAUCACAUAAAAUGCUAUACCGGCAACAAAUGAAAACUGUUUUUAAAUGAAUAUUUUGUUUUCUAUGUAAUCAAUUAUACUAUGUAUUUUAUGUAGUUAAUGUAAAAAGCUGCAUAAUCAUAUUAUGUUUUUGAGUUUUAUGUAAAAUAUUUUAUUAGUUGAGUAAAAAACUUUAAAAAUA